AUGUCUAACAAAGGUCCCGCGUUGGAACGGGGCCUCUGGGCGGCGGUGAUCAUCGCUACGCUGAUCGUGAUCCUACGUGUCUUUGCGAAGAUUAAGAUCAACCGGUUCUUCGUGGACGAUGUGCUCAUGAUCGUCGCCGUGUCGAUGCAGAUUUUGGCAAUUGCCUCCACCGUCUUUCUCAGUCUGUCCGUUCAACAUGGCUUUGGAAAGCCCCUCGGCAAGCCCUUCACCCACGAUACCUCGCUCGUCUUGAAGUACAUCGCCAUCCAGAUUCCCCUCGUCACCUUCAGCACCACCAUCGCCCGAUCCGCCUUUAUCAUCUACCUGGUCGCCGUGCUCGGCACCAGCAAAAGCUAUCAGAUAGCCUUAUGGGUCGUGCUGGUCAUCCAGUUACUCGGGAACGUCGCGUCGGCCGUGCUGCCCCUCAGCAUCUGUAAGAAUGUGAACAUCCUCUGGGAUAACACCAUCCAGACCACCUGCGGGGAUCUGACGGCCGUCGUCAACUUCGCCUACUACUCCAACACCUUUAACUCCGCUACCGACUUGUUCCUCGCCGUCUUCCCGACUGUCGUAUUCUGGAACCUAAACCUCAAGAUGCGCAUUAAAGUCGGAUUGAUUGUCCUCCUCAGCCUGGGCAUCGUCGCCAUGGUCGCCUCAAUUGUGAAAACCACCAAACUCAAUACCCUUCCCAGCAUCACCAAUCUCGGCACCACGGGCGGCCUCGAACUCAUCCGCUGGGGUUACAUCGAGAAUGCCAUUAUCAUCAUUACCUCCUCCAUCCCCUGCAUCCGACCCCUCAUCAUCUCCUCCGUCCGCAAAAUCUCCAGCGCAACCCGAUCUUACGAACUGAGCGGACCCUUCAGCAAUAACCGCCGCACAGACCAAUACGGCAAUACCAAUGCAUCUCGGCGCGUCCGACGAUCCCACAAGUCCCGCGACAUGGAGCUCGGCAGUGUGGAUCGGAUUUUAGACCAUGGCCAUAGCGCACAAACGAGCACCACGGCCAUAGGACGGGACUCGAGUUCCCCAACGAAUGAUCUGGGAAUUACAAAGCAGGUGGAUAUUACUGUGAUCUCGGAUGAUAAUGCCAGUCGAUCCACGCAUGACGGGAUGGACUUGAGAGAACUAUAG